AUGGCUUCACCUCCACGCUGUCGUUACAAAACGGGACGGUGCCCGAAUCCUCGAGCUGUGAAAGCAAAUGGCACUUUGUUACUACUUUGUGAAUAUCAUCGCAGCCAACAAAAUCGAACAAAGAAACGAAGUGAUAUGAAGUGUCGUCAUGAUCGUGCUAAAAAACGACAAGUGCAGCGAGAAAAAUUGAUAAAGAGACAGCAGCUUUCGAAUUGUUCAGGAAACAAUGUGGGUGGCUGGUCAUCCUCGAUACCACCGGUUGCUUCGAUUAUUGCUCCAGUGGGAGAUGCUGUGGCUUACGAGAAAUCUCGAAAGCUUGAGAAAUCACUUGCAUCCACAAGUCCCACGAGUGUGGAGUUUGAUGUUUCGUCAACAAGUUGGACUCAACCGAGCUCAACGCUGUUAACGGAGCGAAACAGACUUGCACUUGAGGAACUUUGGCUUCUUCAAUACUUUCUCCUUUGA